AUGAAUCUGGCAAAUGAGAGCAUCCCAGGGGAGUUCAUUCUCUUAGGGUUUUCAGAUCGGCCAUGGCUGGAGCUGCCACUCUUUGUGGUGUUUCUGGUGUCCUAUAUCUUGACCAUCUUUGGGAAUAUGAUGAUAAUUCUGGUGUCCCGCCUGGAUGCCAAACUCCACACCCCCAUGUACUUUUUCCUCACUAACCUGUCCCUGCUGGAUCUGUGCUACACCACGAGCACAGUCCCACAGAUGCUCAUCAACAUAUGCAGUGCCCAGAAGGUGAUCAGCUACGGUGGCUGCGUGGCCCAGCUUCUCAUUUUCCUGGCCUUGGGUUCUACCGAAUGUCUUCUCCUGGGUGUCAUGUCCUUUGACAGAUUUGUAGCCAUCUGUCAACCUCUCCAUUACUCAGUCAUCAUGCACCAAAGACGCUGCCUCCACCUGGCGGCUGCAUGCUGGAUCAGUGGCUUCAGCAACUCAGUAUUGCAGUCUACGUGGACCCUUCAGAUGCCACGGUGUGGUCACAAGGAAGUGGAUCACUUCUUCUGUGAAGUUCCUGCCCUACUCAGGUUGUCCUGUGUGGAUACCACGGCAAAUGAAGCAGAGCUGUUCUUCAUCAGUGUGCUGUUUCUUUUAAUACCUGUGACUCUCAUCCUCAUAUCAUAUGCUUUUAUUGUCCAAGCAGUGUUGAGAAUCAGGUCAGCUGAAGGUCGGCGAAAGGCAUUUGGGACAUGUGGCUCCCAUCUAAUUGUCGUGGUACUUUUUUAUGGCACUGCCAUCUACAUGUAUCUGCAGCCCCCGUCCCCUGCCUCUAAGGACCGGGGAAAAAUGGUGUCCCUCUUUUAUGGGAUCAUCACCCCUAUGCUGAACCCCCUCAUCUACACACUUAGAAACAAAGAGGUAAAGGGUGCUAUUUGUGUGCUUGGUAAGGAUUCUCAGACUUCUAAAGUAAAAACCUGAGAAUUCUUUCUACAAAAACAAGGCAUUCACUAUACAUACAGAUACACCAUCAUGCACAUAAACAUACUCUCAUGCUCUUUUAAACAUGUGUAGGAGUGGCGGGGCAUUGGUGGCAUACGCCCUUAAUCCCAGAUCUCAUGGCAGGCAGAUCUCUGUGAGUUUGAGGCCAGCCUAGUCUACAGAAGAGUGUUCCAGGACAGCCUCCAAAACAAUACAGAGAGACCCUGUCUCGAAAAACAAACAAAAACAAAUGUGUAGGAGCUCUAACAGAAGUAGGGAAUGCUGGUCAUAGACUCAUCUUUUUGAGACCUGGGUAAAAAUUCAGCAUUAUCUCUACACCAAUGCAAUUUAAAAUCCACAGUGAACCCCCCACCCAAAGUUUAUUCGAAUAUUCCAUUAUUUCAUUCUUA